UGAUUUGCCUUUUUUUGUUUGUUUUGGCAUUCUGUCAGUGCGCACAGCACCUCCAGCUGUUUUACUCUGCAGGAUGAGUUCGUUCAGUACGAGGGCUCUGACGCUGCUCUCGUCAGUUUUCGGAGCGUGCGGUUUGUUGCUGGUGGGUGUCGCGGUGUCAACGGAUUACUGGCUGCUGAUGGAGGAAGGAAUCGUCCUGCAGCAGAACCAGACCACGGAGGUCAAGAUGGCGCUGCAUUCUGGCCUCUGGAGAGUCUGUUUUGUAGCAGGGUCGGAGAAGGGCAGAUGUGUGGCGUCAGAGUAUUUCACUGAGCCGGAGAUCGAGAUCACGACGGAAAAUACAGCCAACAUUCUCAAAAUGGUCCGGACUGCCACCCCGUUCCCCAUGGUGUCCCUGCUCUUCGUCUUCACCGCCUUCGUCAUCAGCAACAUCGGUCACAUCCGGCCGCAGCGCACCAUCCUCGCCUUCGUGUCUGGGAUCUUCUUCAUACUUUCAGGUCUCAGUCUGGUGGUGGGUUUGGUUUUAUACAUUUCGAGCAUCAACGACGAAGUGAUGAAUCGACCCAGAGAGCCUGAGCAGUUCUUCUUUUACCACUACGGCUGGUCGUUUGCCUUCGCCGCCUCCUCCUUCCUGCUCAAAGAGGGUGCAGGUGUGAUGUCAGUCUACCUCUUCAUGAAGCGUUAUGCAGAGGAGGAGCUUUACCGCCCCCACCCUGCGCUCUACCGCCCCCGCAUGUCCGACUGCAGCGACUACAGCGGCCAGUUUCUUCACCCGGACUCCUGGGCUCCACCGCAGAGGGGCCGAAGUGCCUCCGAUGUCUCGUCUGACAUUUCCAUUCAGCUCAACCAGACCCCACCGCCACAGCAGCCUUGUAAGGGGGGCAGCAGCUCCCAGGUGACACCCUCCUCUUCUGGGCCUUCAUCAGCUGCCAGCUACCAGCUCCAGCCAGCAUCUUCCUCCUCCACCUCCUCUUCCUACCCGCACCCCCUUCAUCCUGGGGCCACAUCCACCCUACCCAGGGCCCCACUUGCUUACCCCCACUCACAGCCCCAUCCCCAUCCGAGUGGGCCCCCAUCCCAGUCUCUGCCGAUGGCAGCACCUCCCUCUGCUGUGCCUCCUCCACGCUACCAUGCACACACACGAAUGAACGCAUCGCCAUGCUAG